UAGUCGCGUCGUGCUCUUUAUUUUAAUAAAAGUAAUACACAAGCAUUUUAAAAUAGCUAUAAUAUUGAACAAUUUGAUGUGUGGCUACCUCGGUCUGCAGUGAGUUGUUAUCUCAGGGAACCUCAUCGAUCUGUGGAAUAUAAAUCAAUCGCAAGUAUUGUACUCUUUGUAUGGAUUUCAUUGAAGUGGCGGAUUCGCAGGAUUUUUUGUUUUCUACCCACAUUGAAAUUAAUUUUUUUUGCAUCAACAUCAGACAGAAAUUUUAUUUUGUGUUGCCAGGUAUGCAGUUAAAAAUACCCAUAAAUAAGAAUCAUUAAUUGUGGAAGUGAUAUAAAAUAAUACCCACAUUAUCUGGUAACGCAUAGUUCUUACAUAUAUUCGUUUAUACAUAUAUAAAUUAUAAAUAUAAUGACUUCUCCUAGGACUUGGGGCUGUUGUGCGCUGGAUAGACCAGAAGACGAGAAGUACAUUAAUUGUUGUGAAUGUAAUAAAUAUUUUCACUUUGAAUGUUUAUCUAUACAAGUAAUAUCAGAUUCUGAGCUUCUUCAAUCUUGGAAAUGUCCAGUUUGUCAGAACCGUCGUUUGAAGAUGACUAGAAAGGAUAGUACACCAGUGCGAAAAAUAUCGACUGCUAGAGGUAAUAAAAGACCUGCUUUGAACUCUCCUCCGUCGGCCUGUCCACCACUGACAGUGGACGACGUGCGUGUUGCGGUUCAGGAUAUUCUGGAUAGCAAAUUCGAGAAAAUGGUUGCACAGCUUAAAGGAGAUAUGGCCUCAAUGAUAAAGUCGGAAUUGGCUACUAUAAGGAAUGAAGUAAGGGAGAUUGUAGAAUCCGUAACUUUUAUGAAUGCAAAAUUUGAAGAUUUUGUGGUUGAACAUGAGAGCAUGAAAAAAGAAAUAACAGAAUUGAAAAGCGAAAAAGAGAAGAUGAAAGAUACAGUGAAAGAACUGAAUACGCGUAUUAUUUACUUGGAGCAGCAUUCUCGUGCCAGUAAUCUAGAAAUUCAAUGCAUACCUGAACAUAAAAAUGAGAAUUUAUAUAGUAUAGCUAAACAGAUAGGAAAAAUAAUAGGCUGCGAGAUUGAAGAAACUGAUAUUGCCCAUUGUACUCGUGUAUCUAAAGUGAACCCUUCAAGUUCUCGUCCGCGAUCAGUGGUACUGCAAUUAUCUUCACCUAGAACUCGGGAUAAUUUUUUGGCGUCUUCGAUUAAAUACAACAAGACUAAUGCAAAAGCUAGACUGAAUAGUGCCCUUCUUGGAUUUUCGGGUAACAUUACGCCAAUUUACAUUGUGGAACAUCUGUCGCCUGCCAACAAGGCGUUACAUGCCGCAGCUCGGAUUAAAGCAAAAGAAAAUUCUUACAAAUAUGUUUGGGUGCGUAAUGGCAAAAUAUUUGUAAGGAAAAACGAAGAAUCUGGUUACAUGCUGAUCAAAGAUAUGGACUGUGUGGCUAAAAUCGUAUAAUGAAUUUCAGUU